CGCAUGAGCUUUAAAUCGCUUGCUCGAAUUUUCUCGGCGUAGUUUAUUUUCCGGGUAUUGCAAUUAGCAAUAGCGUGUUGAUUUGCGCGAAGGUAGUUGCUCUCGAAAAAUCAGCGCAUGGUUCUUGAGGAAAGUGACCAGUGGUGGCCCACCUCGAAAUCAAGUAUUUCUUCCGGCUCCAACAGACGAACCAAUAGAAUUCCUUCUAGUGACGCCAUUAAGGCUGAAUUCGUGGCACGCCCUACGACUUCCUCCAUUGUCCUUCUUUCCGGGAUUCUCUACAAGGAAGGAUGGCGCAGAACAAUUAUUUCGGAUUUACUCACGGCGGAACUCAAUAUGGGGCGACCAGCGCUGCCGCCUAUCAAACAGGACAAGCGGGAUACGCAGUGACGCCAGCGGCUACAGCCGCCACAUACACUCAACGACCUGCAGCAGCUGCAGCUACUGGUUACGAAACUUAUCAAGCGGCCGCUGCUGCAGCCGCCACAGGCACAACAUACGCCGCAAAUCCUGGUACUGUGGCACAGACAUACGACUACGGAUACGGACGAGCUGCACCGGCUGCUACCUACGACGCUACUAAGACAUAUUAUCAACAACCAGCAGCAGCACCAGCAACUUAUACAACAACAGAGACUCAUUAUCAGGCAGCAAAGCCCGCGUAUAGCACAACUAGUGCUUAUACAGGAGCUCCUAGACAAGCAACAACAACAGGACAGGCAAAAACUUAUCAGGCAUCAAGUACUGCUUAUCAACAGUCAAAUCCUUCACAGAGUGCAACAUAUUCAUCAGGUUAUACUGCACCACCAACACCAGCUGCUACUCCGUCCGCGGCAACAAAUAAAACGGCGAGUACAGCGUAUUCUGGCUACGACGCGGCGCUCUACAGCGCUGCGACAAUGUACGUAGCCCAGCAGACAGCCAACACCAAUUCCACCAAUCAAAAAACUGGUGGUUGGCAGGGCUAUGGUCGUAAGGGAUUUGGUGCCGGUGGUGGUGGUGGUAUGAAGCAAAUGCGUCCAAAGCAACCGCCAAAACCACAACAAUUACAUUAUUGUGAUGUUUGUAAAAUAAGUUGUGCUGGUCCACAAACAUAUCGGGAGCAUCUUGAGGGUCAAAAGCAUAAGAAAAAGGAGGCUUCAUUAAAAGUGCCACAACAACCACCAGCAAGAGGCGCUGGUAAUUCAUUACGUUGUGAACUUUGCGAUGUCACUUGUACCGGAAAUGAUGCAUAUGCAGCACAUAUACGUGGCGCAAAACAUCAAAAGGUCGUCAAGCUACAUACCAAACUUGGAAAGCCAAUACCAAGCCCUGAUCCAACAGUUCUCAAUCCAAAACCAGCGGCUGCUGCCAAAACAACAGGAAAAAAAGGCACGGUCACGGCUACUCCUAAAAUCAACUUUGUUGCUUCUGGAAAUCUUGGAACCGUUAAUCAAGCGGCAGCGGAAAUAAAAAUUGAAGAUGGAAGUGACGAUGUUGGUGAUGAUGCAAAUAUAGAUGAGAAGGAUAUACAACCUGUUGGACAGGAAUAUAUUGAGGAGAAUAAAUCUGAUGACGGAAAAAUCAUUAGCUUUAAUUGUAAAUUGUGCGAAUGUCGUUUUAAUGAUCCAAACGCCAAAGAUAUGCACAUGAAGGGUCGUCGUCAUAGAUUUGCAUAUAAAAAAAAAGUAAAUCCAGAUCUUGUUGUUGAUAUGAAGCCAAGUCUUAAGCAAAGAAAAAUGCUUGAGGAAAAAUUACGUAGACAACAAGUUAGAGAGGAAUAUAUGCGUCGUCGUGAGGAAAUGAAUCAAAUGGGCCCAAUGGGACCAAUGUGUCCAAUGAUGGAUGAAGAAAUGAUGUACUGGGAAGAAAGACGACGUUACGAAGAAGAAUGCGAAUAUUAUGAAUGGUAUCGACGUUAUGGCCGAGGACCUGGUGCACCACCAAUGCCAAGACCAUUCCCUGGACCACCUCCAAUGAUGAUGUUCCCAGGUCCCCAGAGACGUCCCGAUUCAUCUGAUGAUAAACACGUUCUCUCUCAUCAUUCGACUAUUUAUCCCAAGGAGGAAGAACUGCAGGCAGUUCAAAAAAUUGUUUCACAUACGGAAAAAGCAUUGAAAUUUGUCUCAGACACUUUAGCUGAAGGAGGUAAAAAGCCAGGUGCUACUAAUAAUACAGCGGCUGUAGUGUCUGCGCCAGCUGUUGCGGUUACUGAUGUGAAAAAAGAGGAUGGAGAUAAAAAGAAGAAUGCAACACCCCCACAGAAAGAGGAUGGAAGUGAUGGUAAUCUAUUCUCAUUUCAAAAGGAGAAAGAGGACUCGCGAAUUCUUCGUGGUGUUAUGCGCGUUGGAAAUCUUGCAAAGGGUCUUCUUCUUUCUGGCGACAAUCAUGUUUGCCUCGUUGUUCUCUGUGCCGAAAAACCAACAAGAACUUUAUUAAACAAAGUUGCGGAAAUUUUACCAGCCCAAUUAAAGACAGUUGCACCAGAAGAUUCGUAUAAUGUUGGUAAACAUCCGGAAUCAGCUGCAUUGACUGUAUCUGGAGGAUCUGUGACUGUCAGUAUAACUCUCACAAGUCCAUUGAUGCGCGAUACAACAAAAGCAACACCCGCAGAUAAUGCUGGACAGCAGCAACAGGGAGCUGCUCAACCACAAACGACGCCCGCAACGCCAACUGUGACCAAACCAGAUCCGCUAGACGUACUUCCCAAGGCUAAGUGUUUGGAGGCUUUAGCUGCACUCAGGCAUGCCAAGUGGUUUCAGGCUAGAGCAACCUCAUUGCAGAGCUGCGUAAUGGUUAUACGCAUAAUGCGUGAUCUGUGCAACCGUGUACCAACUUGGGGACCAUUAAAUUCAUGGGCAUUGGAAUUGUUAACGGAAAAGGUGAUAAGCACCGCUGGUGGUCCAUUAAGUCCAGGUGAAGCUUUAAGACGAUUAUUGGAAUGUGUCGCAGGAGGAAUUUUACUACCUGGAGGUCCAGGUUUGUCCGAUCCUUGUGAAAAGGAUCCAAUUGAUGCAAUAGGAAAUAUGACUGCCCAACAAAGGGAAGAUAUAUCAUCUUCGGCGCAGCAUGCACUCAGGUUAGUGGCAUUCCGACAAAUUCAUAAAGUCCUUGGUAUGGAACAACUUCCACCACCCAAAUACAAGGGACGUUUUGCCCGUAAACGAAGACGUGACAAUAGUAAUGGCGAGGGCACUGAUACUGAGACUUCGAAAAAGGACAAGAAGGCCGAAGAAGUCAAAAUGGAGACGGAUUCUAAGUAGAUCCUACCAAAACAUUCAAUUUACUGAUUAAGUAUAACUUAUCUAACGUAAGAAAAAAUUCUCAAGCAUUCAAUGGCCUGUUUAUAUCAAGUUGUUUGCUUCUUUUUUUUUUUUUUUUUCUUUUAAAAUAGAGAAUAAUUCUAUAUAUAUAUAAAAAAAAAAAUAUUGAAGUUUCUCGACGACAAUGUGUUUUUUAAAAAAACAAUUUUCGUUUAUCUUGACAAUUUUUAAUUUUAAGUGUCUCAUUCUCAUUUAUUUCUAUAAAAAAUGAGAUGUCUUUUUUUUUUAUUUAAUUAAUUGAAAGAAAGGUAGACUGAAAAAGUAACUCAAAGAAGUUAUUGACCCUUUUUAAAACAGGCCAUUGUGGCGAAAAUAAAUCUAGUUCUAGGAAUUCCUCGAAUGAGUCGAUAGAGAAUGCAUUGAGUAGUUUGGAUUACGUAUUAAGCUAUUAAUCUACUUUAAAGAAAAAAAAAAGAAAAAAAAAAAAAAAAGAACCGCCUGAUAUGAAGGGAGUUGUAAUCGAAGGACGUGGAGAUUUGUAAUGUUUUUUUUUGAAAGUAAAGCUAACGCGUAGAGAACACAUUUGUAUCAAGACUUCAUAUGUGUAUGUUGUGUGUGUAGUCGUACAAAAAUGAAAAAGAAAAGCUAAACAAAAAAAAAAAAAAAAAAAAAAAAUUAGAAAAAAUGAGAAAAAAAGAAACGUUUGUUCUUAUAUCAUGAUUAUUUUCAACGCAUAAUUAGUAAAUAUCAGAGCUUCGAACAGUCACAAAUAUUUAUUUGCAAGAUUUAAAAAUAAUAGCUACACUUGUCAUCGAGUUUUUUUUUUCCAUUUGUUUAAUUAAAGUCACAAACUUCUAACAGUUUUUCAUUAAUAUUUUACAUUUAAACAGUCAUUUUUUUUUCUUUCACAAUAUUUCUUCGAUGUAGGGUGUAUUUCUUUUUUUUUUUUGCUCUUGUAUUUGAAAAACUUUCCUUGAAUAAACCAAACGUGUAUAACA